GGUGCUUUCUCUCACGCGGAUUAGUAUUGCCUGAAAAAUUUUUUUUUUUGUCUUCACGUCGAUUAUAUAUGCGACGCGUAGCGAUUAUAUCAGUUCACAUGAUCAUCAAGCAAGAGGGUUGCACACUCCGACACCAGGCUGGCUGCCCGGUGUCGACCAGCUUCGGCUGGGUCUCUGUCCUUUGUCCAGAAAUACCGCAUUGUCUUGGCUCGCCUAGAUUUUGCGUUUUUUCCCACCCUCCCACCCGACUUGAGGUUGCGAGACCCCUUGCGGCACCCCUCGCAAGCCCGCCCUAGAUAUUCGGCGGCCCCAGUCGCGCCUCGCGGCUUGGGCCACCUCUAUGUCCGGGGCAUGGCUCUGUGGGGGUCGAGAGCCUGGCUUGCAUGGCCUGCUACCCGUAGCUCGUUGUGCCGGCCGGGUUCUCUCUUGGCUGCCAUUGUGACUGUCGCUCGAGGUCUUGCGACUAUCACUGCGACGCGCUUCUGCACGUCAUUCGCUUCCGUUGGUUGCGCGCGCGUUCACUCUAUGGGUGAAUUGCGCAGAGAAGGUGAAAUUAUAUACGAAUUUAUCUUUUCAACAAGAAAAAAAUACUCUUUUCUCUUGCGAUGAGGUUCUUUAACUAAUCGCCUGAACCUUCAGAAACGCCAAGCUAGUACAUCAAUCAAACCACAACGAACUCGAACCAAAUGGCAGAUACACCGGCAGCAGAUGGGGCCACGGCCUCCACGCAGCAGCAGCAACAGGAGAACACCAGCCGGGGGUUGCUGCAAGCGGAUUCUAGCGGUGGCGCGCCGCAAACGGAGGGCGUGGAUCCACGAGGGUUCCUGAUGAAGUGCUGUUUUCCCGUCUGCACCAUCUGGGCGUGGCAGGGUUGCGAUGACUGCUUUCCCAUCCUCUGCACCUGCGUCCUCGACUGUUUUUUUCUCGGGUGCCUGUUCCCGCUGUUUUGCUGGAAGCCCGGCCCGCAGAAGAUUUGGAAGGCCGACCCGGAACAAGAGCGCAAGGUCUGUUUAUCCUGACGAGUAAAAACGUCCCCACACCAGAGUCAAGAUGGGAAAUCUGCUAGACAAAUUAGCCAGCUUUGGUCGUUUCGCAUGACAACUCUGUCCUCGUAGUGUGAUCCUGUUGAGGUAGUUCAGAAGCAUCACAGAUCUAGCAUAUCACGCCGAUUAUAGCAUCACAAAUUUGAAAACGCCGCUCGAAAAUGCUUCUCAUGGUGCUCCGCAUGAGAAGCUUUUGUGGCAUGCAGAUUUGCAUGACAACUCUGGGCCUGGGGUGGGAACGUUUUUACACAGGAUACUGUUUCUGGGCCUGUCACCCGCUGAGUUGGCCCUGCAAGCUUUUGUGCUGCUUCGUCUCCGUCUACGCCUGGCAGGGCUUUGACGUGUGGUACGACUUGUUUUUUGCUUUGGACCUCGAGUUAUGCAUUGCAAAAGCAUCGUACUAGUAGAAGUCGCAUUACAAAUUCGGCCAGCAUGACAAAUGGAAUUUGUCAUGCUGUUUUGCCUUGAAAAAGAGUAAUGCAUAAAUGCAAUUACUACGAGUACGAUAGUUUUGCACAGGAUACGAGUGCUUCUACACGCUUUGUUGCUGGGUCCCGCGGAAGCAGCAGAAAAUAUGGGGCGCAGGGUCGACCGUGGUGGGCGCGCCCAUUAUGGGCAACUACGGGACGGUUUGAAGUCCAACAGGAGGGUGAAGUUUUCAUCUUGUAAACCUCAUCUUUUACUAGAGAAACAGCAAGUGCAGCAUGCAUUUUUCCUGUAUAUUAGUACAAGCCUUGAAGAUUAUAAAUAUCUGUACGCCAGGUGCUGGCGCGCAUGAUGAAUCGGAGCCGGAGGUACGUCUAAAUGCGUAGCGUUCGUUUCAAAUGUAUUUUUUUACAGCGGCAUACUUUGCCUAUUGCUAUUCAUUGUUGAGAGUUUAUUUUACUGCACGUUUAUCAUAAAUUUUAUUUUGUUUACAUUUUGCAUUUUUUGCAUAUAGAUAUACUUACAUUAUUUUUUGGACGUACAACAAGCCUUUGGGCAAAUUUUAAUUUUUAUUUUACACACGCAGAAGUCGAACACGUCAGUGUUGUAGUGCUAAGAAACAAGAACUGACGCCUGGUGAGUCAUAGGCUUUCUCCUUGAACUUGAUAAGACUCGCUUACAUUUUUAAUAUCUUCGUUUUCAUAUAAUAUCACUGCGACUGCCCCCCUCCAGCUCCACAGCGAAAGAAGAAGAAAACUCGAACUACCCAGACGAGCAAAAUGAAACAAGACUGUGAGCAAAACCAAUCCCCAAGAUACUUCUAGGAAGGUUUUUUCAUACUUUGACCAUAAUAUGACUUAGUAUUGCGCCGCACCUAGUAGAGUUCUUGCUCGCAUCAUGCGGUACUAGGGGCGGAACCACUUUGAUGGAGGAGGUUGUUCACAAAGACUAAGACAUGAAAAGGUGGGACCGAGAAGAUUGGUAGACUACAUCGGUUUUAGAUACCUUACCAGUUUGCGUUUAUUCCAAGAACACCAGAAUGUUGAGCGACUUUAUGCUAGUACGAGGAAGAGGGACACAACCUACCACAAAGAAAGCACUCGAGCGACGAAGUUGCCCACUGAUGAUCUUCGGUGAGUUUGGUGUUGCUUGUAAUUCCUAGUAAUGCUAUUCGGGCGAACCCGAGCUCGAGCCUUGACAGUGACACCGUACAAGCUGAUUGCGCAUUCUGUCGACAAUUUUGUCAUCCAGGAAACAAGCUGCUAGAAGAAGGCCUCCCUAUUAGAGUAGUUGGAGAUCGGGAAGAGCAAGGCUAUGGGCAAAGAGCAAUAUUUUCAAAGAUCGGGAAGAGCAAUAUUUUCAAACUUCCCUUUGGGAUUUUAGUUUUCAAUAUACAUAGAGAAGCUUCCUCUCUUCCCACUAGACGUGAGGCAGUUCUUGGUUUGGUGAGAACGUAAGAUUUAUACCUACCCUCGACUGUUCAUCUGGUAGCCAAAAUUUUAGAAAGGCAACCUCACUACAACUAGGACUAGUGUUAUUGAUUCUUUAGGCGUUUACGUCGAUAUGUUCUUGUCUGUACAAUAUUCGUGUUGACGGAACAAAAGUAAAAAUAGCAUUUUGAUUGCAAUAUUUUCUGCCUCAACACUAAUGAGACAGUGACAGACGCACGAGCAAGGUUUGUGUCGUCUGUUGUGUAGCUUGCAUUGUUUUUUUAUACAUUUUUUUCCAAGUAGGACCAUCUACAUUUGGUCAGACACCGGCGCUAUUUGGUCUACAUCGUGGAACUAUGCCUUACUCCUAAGUCUACACCUACCCGAUCUUAAGUAUUUACUUGUGCGUAAUUUGCAUCAGAAGUUCUUGAAGUUGUCCAUUUCAUUCUAAUCCCUUUCAGGCUCCAUUCAUUCCUCAACAUGGCCUGCGUCCUCCCUCUCUUUACAUGGCCUGCGUUUACUACUGCG